CUGGUCGUUAAAGACGCGGGCAAGGCAGGUGAGAAGGUUUGCUUCUACGCUGCUGACACGCUGUCAGGUGACGAUGUCCGGCAUGGGUUUCGGAGCCUGGGGCCGCCGUCUGCCGUACGGCGGCUCGUGGCUGACGUGGACACCGCAUUGGGCGCUGCGGCGGCGGCGGCAGCGAAGACAGCAGCCUACCUGCCUUCAAGUUCCUCUUCUUAUCCUUCAAUAACAGAAACGACUCAGUCCAGUUUAGCGACAACGACAGCACAAGCCGCGGAGAGAGCCGCGGCCGCACGGGCAGCGGCGGUGGCAGCAGCAGCCAAGGCCUCAAGCAGACCCGAGCUCUUCCUGAGUUCCACUUGGCCGUUAGCGGUUGACGCCGUACGGAUUGCCUACGAGUACGACAUUUGUGGGGCUCAGUACGGCAGUGCCGGCGCCGUGCAGGACAGCAAUGGCGGCAACCGUGACAGUAGCGGCGGAUCUGCCGCCGGCGGCGGCAGUGUCAGCUGCAUCAGUAGCGAUGCAGGCGGGAGCAGCGUCAGCGGCAUGGGGAGCGGGAGCGGCAGCGGGGCAGUAAUGACGGAUGGUAACGGCCUCAUUUGCGCCCGGUUGGCGAGCAUGAUCCCAAACAUAUCACAGGGGAUGCCCAUGCAGCACCCGCUGUCCCUGUUGGCGCCGGAGAUGCUGCCUGCCUCGCCGCCUGUCCUACCUGAUCACCUAGCACAGGCCACAACACCGCUGGUACCAGCCCUUAGAAGAGACCAGGAAGUCGACAGGGGGGUCCUGGGCCCGGAAAACACACAUUGCGAGGCUCCUGAGGCGCCUCAUGGGAUUUCGCAGCCUGUGCCCGCUGCCGCUCCUGCUCCUGCUCCUGCUGCUGCUGUUUCCGAGCCGGCAGUGGUGGUGCAGCUGCGCGUGUACGACCCACGGGUCGGUGCGGUCAUCAAGGGGACCUUCACUCCCGUGGUUUCGGGGCUGCCUCCGGGCGCAUGGCUGCUGGUGCGCGCGUCCCAGGUCAAAGCCCCCAGCUGGAGUCGUGUGGCCGCCCUGAUGGGCCGUACGGCACCCAACGGCCCCGCCAACCAACCACCGCCGACCCAAGCACUACCGUCACCACCCCUAGCAGCGACGACAGCAGUGUCAGGCCCUCAUCCCGCUCCGCUUGCACAUCUUGCUCCGCUUUCUCAGCCGCUCCAACCAACACAUGCACCUGCACCAGCAGCAGCACCAACAGCAGCAGCUGGGAGAUCUUCGCAGCAGCAUCCGGCGCCUUUCACAUCACCGUCAUCCGCUGCAUCACUACCACAGCUUGUCGUCGUCCAACCGCCAACAACCACCACUAACCCGCAACCACCAAUUCAAAUACCACCACCACCACCACCACCACCACCUAGCAAACGCCCGGGCUGCUCCCUGAAACAGCAACAGCAGCUCCUUCUCUCACGCCUCUUGUUGCCGCAGAGGAGGAUGCAGCCUGGGGCAGCACUGGCCUCUUCCUCCGCCACUGCCGCCGCCGCCGCGGCAGCAGCAGCAGCAGCAACCGUGACCCAGGGGACUGCUGCCGUUACCGCAGCCGCCGCCGCCGCUGGCGUUACGAGUCCCGCCGCCGUAACGCCUGCAUGGUUGGAGGUCGUUCGGAAGCUGCCAUCACGCGUGGGAUCCGUCGCUCGCCUCAACGGCCCGCUGCUGCUACUGCUGACCGCUUGCUGCGUGAAUGCUCGUACAUUAUACGACAUUCUCGAGGAAGAGAUCCGCCGUAUCCUUAUCGUACAACGGGGGGAGGAUCUGACGACGGCUCUUGAGAUGGCUCGCCGUAAUGGCGACAUUGCCUUGGAAUCCGUACUGACGGCUGAAUUAUCGUACGGCAGCAGUGGUAGUGAUGUUGAUGGUCAUACGAAUGUACUACACGAUCCGAAUGGAUCCAGGAAAGAUCCGCGCCCGGAUCACAAUGUAUCUGGUUCCGGAUCGCCAUCUGGGUCCCCAAGAACAUCCGCAGUGGGCUUCUGGCUACGA